GCUGUGUAGCGGAUGACAGAUCGUGUAAGGAUGGCUUGAGGUUGAUCAUGGCUCUCUCUCGAGGUUUGAGAUGCUGUCAAAGGAUUUUCUCCUGGAUUCCCGUCAUCAUCAUCUCAUGUGUCGUGCUCUGGUCUUAUUAUGCGUAUGUCUUUGAGCUGUGUAUUGUUACUCUCAGCAAUAAUCUCGAGAGGGUGACCUAUGUGUUGAUAUUCCAUGUGUGCUUCAUCAUGUUCUGGUGGACAUAUUGGAAGGCCAUCUUCACACCACCCUCCACACCAUCUAAAAAGUUUCAGUUAUCGUACACGGAUAAAGAAAGAUACGAGCUGGAGGAGAGGCCAGAUGUUCAGAAGCAGAUUCUUGCCGAUAUCGCUAAGAAGCUUCCUAUUUUCACACGCGCUCAGUCAGGAGCUAUCAGGUUCUGUGAUCGCUGUCAGGUGUUAAAGCCGGACCGCUGCCACCACUGCUCCGUCUGUGAAACAUGUGUUUUGAAAAUGGAUCAUCACUGUCCAUGGGUGAACAAUUGUGUCGGCUUCUCCAACUACAAGUUCUUCUUGCUUUUCUUGUCUUACUCUAUGCUGUACUGUGUGUUCGUAGCAUCGACAGUGUUUCAGUACUUCAUCAAGUUCUGGGUGGGAGAGCUUCCCAACGCAUCCGCCAAAUUCCACGUGCUGUUCCUGUUGUUCGUGGCUCUCAUGUUUUUUGUCAGUCUCAUGUUUCUGUUUGGUUACCACUGUUGGCUGGUGGCUAAAAACAGAUCCACGUUAGAAGCGUUUUCGGCACCAGUGUUUCAGAACGGUCCUGACAGGAACGGCUUUCAUCUUGGGUUCAGCAAAAACCUCCGGCAGGUGUUUGGGGAAAAUAAAAAGCUCUGGUUUGUGCCAGUGUUCACAAGUGAAGGCGAUGGGCAUUAUUUCCCUGUGAGGACAUUGUGUGAAUCUGAAAACCCUCUACUGGCCAAUGAGGAGAAAUGGACUGAGGACGGUGGAUCAGACGAAGAGAACAUAGGUUGUGAAAUGUUUGUUUCAGAGGAUGAAAAUGUCUCGUCUACAGUCACCAUCACCAAUGAAUCAUAAUCUCUGGAGCGGAUGUGUGUUUAUGUGACAUGUGACUUCAUCCAGAAUGCACCAGUGCUUCAGUGUGACGACUGCAUUCCAGCUCUGCAUCAUUCCAGAACAGCAUUUGUAUAUAGACUACAGCGAGCAGUUGUCUCCUAUAACUCAUUGUGAAGAACAUUAACAUAUAUUUCAUCUUUCUGAUGAGGAACAGGAACACCACAGGACAGCUGGUGUCGUGGCCUGUUGGACAGUGUUUUAUAAUGGUGAAAAACACACCUGACACACACCGCUCACGAUUCAGAACAGUAAGAGGUGUUGUACAGAGCUUUUGUUGAUGUCUGCUGUGUUUUAUAUCACACAAAUGGAGUGAAUUUCAUCAACCAACACGUCUGGAUCAUAUCUUGGGCCAAAAUCAAAAGAAAGAUUAAAGUGAAUUUUUAGGACCACUUUAAAAGGUUUUGUGUGGUGGUGGCCUUGCUUUCAUGGCCUUGCUUUUACAUCCAACCUUCAUUUCUUAUUACAAUAAUGCAAAGAAAUACAUCAAUGAAAUAAACUAAAUAUUAUUGUGUUGGAAAAAAAAAAAUACAAAUGUAAUAUAUUGAAAUUGAAGGGUAUUUUUAUAUGAUAGCCAGUUUUUGUCAUGCUAGUUUUAAUUGAUUUUAAUCUUUGAAUGUUUUUACUUCAGUCCAGAGGUUUCUUUUGAUUUUGGGUCCUGGACAUUACUCCUGUGAUUCAUUCAACGGUACAAAUAUAGAAACACCGCUGCACAGCUCUCUUCAGGGUUGGUUGUCACCACUUAAUUAAAGUUUGCUUAUUGAUUUGAGAAGAAAUCAUUGGCAGUUUUUCCGCCGUAUUUGCCAGAGAGUUUUAUGAAGCAUUUUUAUUUUAAAUCACUCAGACUGCUUCUGUUCCUCUAGUCAAUAGAAAGCAGUCUGGACUGAUGUCUUUUCUUUGCAUUCUGAUGCAAUAUUAACAUAUUUUCUCUGUAUAUAAUGAUGUUACUGAGAGCAGGAUGGGUUAGGGCUCUGUGAACACAAGAUGUAUUUCACGCAGAAAUUGACAUGUCAUAAAACUCAUAAUCCAUACGACUGCAUCAAAAACAAUAACCUUGUUUUCCUCUGGAGUAACAGGACUAAGAGUUGUGACACAGUUAUGGGAUAUUAUUGCAUUCUGAGAGCAAUCUGUUGUUUGAUAGCGAUUGUAUUUAUAAGUCCUGUAUGUGUAUAUGGUUGUGGAUUCUGGUUAGCCAAUGCUUACUCAUUUACUUGCACUGACCCUAGAUGGGGAGACUUGGUCGCUCGUUGAUUUAUUUGAUUGUGUUUCCUACAGUCUAUCAAACUUUUUUAUUUGAACUCCAUAUUCACUACAUGUUCAUGCCAUUUCCCUGUGGUGCAACAUAUGUCUUUUUGCAAUCAUUAAAUAUCAAAAACGUUUCUUUUUUUGAUA